CUUUAGCUGCAAUUUUGCAUCUUGUCUCAUACAAAUAUAACCCAUGUUCUAUUUAUAUUUCCAUUUUAGACAAUAUGGCGAAAGUUCCAGUUGUCCAGCUGAAGGCUGAUAAAAAAAAUAAUAAAACAGAUGAUACAGUUGUGAUCUGGGAACCCAGGACAGACAUCAAUACAGUGGAUGCCAAAAUAGUGAAUAAUAAGAUAAGGAUUCCAACAACGGGUUACUACUAUGUCUACAGCCGUGUUCAUUACGAAAAACCAAAGGGCAAUGGUACCAAUAAUAACAAUGAGUUUACUAUUGGUCAUACAGUGGUAAAAACAAUAAGUGGAAACGAUAAAGAAAAGCGUAUGGACAACAUAGUACAGAGAUGUUUUCCGUCUAACUCAUCAGGUGAUGUAAGACACACAAAUCAUCUUGGAUCAGUUCAACAUUUGCAUAAAGGUGACGAAUUGUUUGUAAGACUUGACCAUAAGCAAUAUUUUGAUCAUACAAACACAAUAUUUGGAUUAUUUCUGGUAGCGACAUAGCCAUAUAUAUCUCAUUUCUUAACAUGGUCCAUCAUACAGUUAUUGUACAUUUCUUGCUGUGGAUCUUCAAGCUUUAAAACCUAAUUUUGAUAGGCUAUUGUGAUGCAUUAAACAUCCUCAAAUUGUUCAAAGGUGUUCACAAGGAUAUUUGCGUGUUUUGAGAUGUACUACUGACAAAAGGAGUUAUAAAGGAUUAUGACUUUUUUCCAGUACGUUUUUCUUCGUAGUUUUCAUCAGGGUAACAAGUGGUAAGUUCAGGCUACCAGGUCCACGAUCAGAAACGUUAGAUAAAUAUCGAUUUUAUGAAUCCGCUUGGUUUUAAAAAAGAAGGGCGUAGUUUGUUUCUUUAAUAUGUCUGAAAGAGGAGGGACAAUAAACAUACUAUCAUUAUGCAGUAUUGUGAUGUAUAUAUAUGUGCAUGUAUUAUGUAUUUAAAUGAUAAAUAUUUAUCCAAAGUGUCAACAUAUAUCACUUAAAAAGUGAUAAGAUUUUAAUGAUUGCUCACAUUUAUUUUGUGUUCGAAUUCAUUUAUGAUUGUUAAUAAAGUGUUAUCCAGUCAUGAUAUAAACUAAACCUAAAGGUCCAGUCACGUAAAUGUUAUAUAUGAGUUCAAACAGAUGUACUGUUAUCAUUAAAUGUAGAUAUUGAUGAUAUGAUUUGAUUAUGUAGUUUUCAAUAAAUAAAUACACUGAUACAAAGCUUAA